AUGAGAACCUACGACGACACCUUCUCCGGUCAGAAGAUCUACCCUGGAAAGGGCAAGCUCUUCGUCCGUGGCGACAGCAAGAUCUUCCGUUUCCAAAACGGCAAGUCCGAGUCGCUUUUCCUGCAGCGCAAGAACCCUCGCCGCAUCGCGUGGACCGUUCUCUGCCGUCGCCAGCGGAGAAAGGGUAUCACUGAGGAGCAAGCCGCCAAGCGCCGCCGUAGGCAGGUCAAGUCGCAGCGUGCCAUCGUUGGUGCCUCCCUUGAUGUGAUCAAGGAGCGCCGCUCUCAGCGACCUGAGGCCCGUACCGCCGCUCGCUCUGCCGCCAUCAAGGAGGGCAAGGAGAAGCGUGCCGCUGCCCAGAGCGCGAAGAAGGCUGAGAAGGCCAAGUCUGCCGCAAGCACCGCCAAGGGCCAGGCUACUGGACGUGUCGUUGGCAAGCAGGCCGCCAAGGGCUCUGCUCCUAAGCCAAAGGCCACCUCCCGCUAA